UCACUCAGAUUUUAUGAUACACCGGAUGUGUUCGCGGAGGAGAGAUUCGCCGUAACCUGCGCGUGCUGUGAUCUGCUGUAAAUCUCAAUCAUGGCCUCCUCAAGCACCGCAGUAGUGACAAAAGGUAGAAGGGGAAGCUUUGAUUUUGAGCAUCCAAAUAUGUCUACUAGAAGGAUGGUGCUGGUAGGAAAGACUGGAGCAGGUAAAAGCUCCUCUGGAAACACAAUCCUGGGCAGGAGAGUCUUCAGAGCCGCUAGUGGUUCAUCUGUGACCAAAGAAUGCUGGAAAGAGACUGCAGAGGUGGCUGGAAGAGAAAUUACCCUGGUAGAUACUCCAGGUCUGUUUAACACAGACGUUUCUGAGGAGUAUCUGAAACAGGAGAUCAGUAAAUGUGUGAAUAUGACGGCACCUGGACCUCACGCCAUCAUCCUGGUCAUUCAGCUCGGUCCAUUCACAAAAGAGGAGAUGAUGUCCGUGGAAAAAUUGAGAGCCAUAUUUGGAGAAACAGCAGAUAAACACACAAUCAUCCUCUUCACGCACGGCGAUGAACUGACCAGCACUAUUGAAGAAUACAUGAGUAAAGCUGGUGAGAACCUGAAAGAAAUCCUGAGGCGCUGCGGGGGACGAUAUCAUGUGUUCAAUAAUAAAGACAUGGAGGAUCGUGUUCAAGUUCUGGAGCUCCUGGAGAAAGUAGAUGACAUGAUCGCUGCUACUGGAGGUGGAUUUUACACUAGUGAGUCUUACCAGGGUGUGGAGCUCAUGCUGAAAACUAAAGAAGAGGAGCUGAAGCGACACUACGAGAAGAAACUACAAGAGAAAGAGAGAGAACUAGAGAGAUUUACUGAAGAAAAGAGGACAUUACAGCAGACAAUUGAGGCACUAACAGCAUCAGAGCAGGAGAAAGAAGAAAAGAUACAAGAGCUAAAAAGAAUAAAUCUGAGGAACGUGUGUAAAAUGAUGGAGUUCAAACGAUAUUAUGAAACCAAACUCAGAGAGGUCAGACAGGAGGCAGAACUGACUCAUAUAAAUGACAGAAAAAUGAUGGAGAUCUUAACCAAGCUACAAAAACUCCAGAUGUAAUCAUAGAUUGAUAUGCAUUGCAUAGAAUGAUGCAAUAUUAUUACAGAAAUUGCUGUAUUGUACAAUACAGCAAUAUUGUAUAUACAAACAUUUGUACUGUAAAUCUCAUUAUAAAAAGGUUAGUUCCAUUCCUAGAUUCUGAUUGGUCAGCAGCUGUGUUUUAUUCACAUACAGCAGGCUAUGACCGCUUCACCCAACGGUUCUUUGUAUCACUGAUCAACACCCUUAGCAACCACUUAGCAACAUAAACAGUCAAUAAUAUAGUUUCAUGUAGGGUGAAUUGCUCUAAAGUGGGACACUGCCUAAUGUGGGACACCGAAGGUCUAGUGUUUGUAACUCCCCCAUAAAAACAUUAAUGCCAGUGAAACUAAGGUUUAGCAAAGCUGUGGUGUUAUGUGAUCAAAAUCACAUAACCUCUCAAAUGUCCAUUCAUAUAUGAGAGUGGAGCGGUCAUCAAGCAUGAAGUAUCUUGUAUAAAGACCACCCAAGGGUCAGUGAUAGAGUUUUGACAAACUUGAUAUGAGUAUAAAUUAAUUAAAAAAAAAAAAACAAUCCUGAUACUUUUGGGGCUAAUGUGCUUAUGAAAUGUUUGUCCAUCAAAAAAUAGUAUAACUUUUUGGACACAUGUAAACCUGGUUCUAUCAUCCUUACUGCAAAUGGAUUGGUCUGUUAACCCAAGUUUGUGUCUUCUCAAUGAUGAUUCUGGUCUCUGUAUAAGUUCAAUGCAAAAAAAGAAUGUUGUUUGCUGGUUUUACAGCUGCGAAGAAGGCUAUAAUACAGAACUGGUUUACACCGCACAUGUGUAGGAAAAUAUAUUGGAUCCGUAGCCUCAUGCAAAUAGUGACUUAUGAACGUACAACAGCACGAAUCAAUGGGACCAAGCCUUCUACCAUCGACACUUGGCAGUGCUUUCUCUUUGAUAUACGUGACUGUAUAAAGGAGUGACUUUUAUGUGUUUCUUGUCCUUCCCUCUCUCCCUUCCUCUGACUGGACUUUGAGAUAUUGAGUAUGUGUCUGUUGUGUUUUUUUUUUUUUCCUUUUCUUUUCUUUUCUUUUUGGAUGUUAUGUAUGGAAAAAAAAUAAUUAAAAUGUUGAUAACAAAAAAAAAUAGUAUAACUUUGUAUGUAUAAACUAUAUAUUUUAUAUUUUAAUCAAAUUUCCUAGUGUCCCACUUUAGGUAACAUGGUUUCGGAAAGUUGGACAGUAUUGAUUAGCCUAAUGUGGGACAGUACUUCAGUCAAUCAAAAAUUUGUGGUGGGGCAGGGUUUGUGGGGGAAAAUAGUUAUUUACAGGGUUUUAGUGUUGUUAUGCAAUAUUAGAAUGCUGUUACUGCAGAUGGGGUUAUAGAUGAUGAUGGUGGUGUCUUGACAUGCAAGGACUGCUUGUUUCUAGAGAUGUAAUGAGUUAACCUCUGCAGGUUGUUUUAUUAAGGUAGUUCUAAGGUUUGUGCUGGCUGGUUUUAAAAAAAAACAACUUACGAUCGUAAGUGUUUGUUGUUUAGUAAAAUAGAAAACAUUAGGCAAAAUGGUCUUGAAUGUUUUUAAAAUUAGUUCACUGCACGUUCAUGAAUUCUGGCUCAAGGUUGAAUCUAGCCUAAAGAUUUUUCAAACUGUGGGUUGAUGUUUUUUUUUUUUUUGCAAGUUGCAAGAUUUUAUAUUUUGCCUUCAAAUAGCCCUGGCUAUUGCCUGUUGUUAAGUAAAGUGAAUAAGAUAACAGUCAGAAAUCUAAAAUAGGCCUAUAUGACAAUAACUGCUUAAUGUCUUAUAAU